GUGCCUACUAUCAAUUCUUUUGGAUAGCUUGUGUCAAAAGUAAUGGCUUGGUUUAGAGCAAGUUAUUGUUUGGGAUGGCUAGCCAUCAGAAGAACUCUUACACAGGGUGGAUCAUAUGCAACAAGAAGAAGAAUUCUUCCUUUGCAAAAUCAAUAUUUUCACUCCAAUGCCAUCAAUUCAAACGAGCAAAAGUCACCUGUUCCACGAGCCGUGCCUCUUUCCAAGCUAGCUGAUAGCUUUCUUGAUGGUACAAGUAGUGUGUACUUGGAAGAACUUCAAAGAGCUUGGGAAGCUGAUCCAGACAGUGUUGAUGAAUCCUGGGAUAAUUUCUUCAGGAAUUUUGUUGGACAGGCAACAGGGUCGCCAGGAGUUUCAGGCCAAACAAUUCAAGAGAGCAUGCGUUUGAUGUUGCUUGUUAGGGCAUACCAAGUUAAUGGUCACCUGAAAGCAAAUUUAGACCCACUGUGUUUGGAGGAAAGGGAAAUUCCUUAUGAAUUAGACCCUGCAUUUUAUGGUUUCACAGAAACUGAUCUUGAUAGGGAAUUCUUCAUAGGUGUGUGGAGUAUGUCAGGAUUUUUAUCCGAAAAUCGUCCGGUACAGACUCUGAGGUCCAUAUUGACCCGUCUUGAGCAAGCAUAUUGUGGGAGCAUCGGUUAUGAGUAUAUGCACAUUGACGAGCGUGAGAAAUGCAAUUGGUUAAGGGAAAAGAUUGAAACUCCAACACCAAUGCAAUACACCAAGGAUCGCCGUGUUGUCAUUCUUGAUAGGCUUAUAUGGAGUACACAGUUUGAGAAUUUCUUGGCCUCAAAGAUGAAAACAGCUAAGAGAUUUGGGCUUGAAGGUGGGGAGACUUUGAUUCCUGGUAUGAAGGAGAUGUUUGACAGAGCUGCUGAUCUGGGGGUUGAGUGUAUAGUUGUUGGAAUGCCUCAUAGAGGCAGGUUAAACAUUUUGGGUAACGUUUUUCGAAAACCACUACGUCAGAUAUUCAGUGAGUUUGACAAGAACUCAAAGUUUGAAGAUGAAACUGGGCUUUAUACAGGAUCUGGUGAUGUGAAGUACCAUUUGGGAACUUCUUAUGAUCGCCCAACUAGGGGUGGGAAGAUGAUUCAUCUGUCUUUGGUUGCAAAUCCAAGUCAUUUAGAAGCUGUAGACCCAGUUGUUAUUGGAAAAACUAGAGCUAAGCAAUAUUUUUCCAACGAUUUGGAUCGGACACGGAACAUGGCUGUAUUGAUUCAUGGGGAUGGUAGCUUUGCUGGACAAGGGGUGGUGUAUGAAACUCUACACCUUAGUGCACUGCCAAACUACACAACAGGUGGGACUAUACACAUUGUAGUAAACAAUCAAGUGGCCUUUACGACUGAUCCAAGGUCCGGAAGAUCUUCACAAUAUUGUACUGAUGUUGCCAAGGCCUUAAAUGCUCCCAUUUUUCAUGUCAAUGGCGACGAUAUGGAGGCUGUUGUUCAUGUAUGUGAGCUUGCAGCACAAUGGCGCCAGACUUUCCAUUCAGAUGUUGUAGUUGAUAUCGUGUGUUAUCGAAGAUUUGGACAUAAUGAGAUUGAUGAGCCAUUUUUCACACAGCCUAAAAUGUACAAGGUCAUUCGAAAGCAUCCCUCAUCUCUUGAAAUUUACAAAAAAAAGCUUCUAGAAUCUGGGGAGGUGACGGAAGAAGAUAUUGAUAGGAUACACAAAAAGGUUGAUUCCAUUCUUAAUGAAGAAUUCUUGAAUAGUAAAGAGUAUGUUCAGCAAAGAAGGGACUGGCUUUCAACUAAUUGGGAAGGAUUCAAGUCACCUGAGCAGCUUUCACGAAUCCGAAACACUGGGGUCAACCAAGAUAUACUAAAGAAAGUUGGCAGAGCAAUCACAGUUCUUCCUGAAGAUUUCGAGCCCCAUAGAGCAGUAAAAAAGGUAUAUGAAGAUCGUGCACGGAUGAUUGAAACUGGGGAGGACCUUGACUGGGCAAUGGGGGAGGCACUUGCUUUUGCAACAUUGCUAGUGGAAGGCUACCAUGUUAGACUAAGUGGGCAGGAUGUUGAAAGAGGCACAUUUAGUCAUCGGCAUGCAAUAAUUCAUGAUCAGAAAACAGGAAAUCAGUAUUGCCCACUAGACCAUGUCAUGGAGAAUCAGAAUGAAGAGAUGUUUACUGUGAGUAACAGCUCUCUUUCAGAAUUUGGUGUUCUUGGAUUUGAACUGGGUUACUCGAUGGAAAAUCCAGAUGCAUUUGUUCUCUGGGAGGGUCAAUUCGGUGAUUUUUCUAAUGGCGCUCAAGUUGUAUUUGAUCAGUUUCUAAGCAGUGGAGAGUCCAAGUGGCUACGUCAGACAGGGCUUAUAGUACUGCUUCCUCAUGGUUAUGACGGCCAAGGUCCUGAACAUUCAAGCGCAAGGCUGGAACGUUUCCUACAGAUGAGUGAUGAGAAUCCUUAUGAAAUACCUGAAAUGGAUCCAACACAUCGAAAGCAAAUACAGAAAUGCAAUUGGCAGGUUGUGAAUACUACAACUCCUGCAAAUUAUUUCCAUGUCUUACGCCGGCAGAUACACAGGGAAUUCCGUAAGCCUCUGAUUGUAAUGUCUCCGAAGAACCUGCUUCGCUACAAGUUCUGCAAAUCAAAUUUAUCUGAAUUUGAUGAUGUCCAAGGCCAUCAAGGCUUUAACAAACAGGGAACCAGAUUCAAACGCCUUAUAAAGGACAAGAAUGACCACUCUGAUCUUGAGAAGGGUAUCAGGCGCUUGGUUCUUUGUUCUGGAAAGAUUUAUUAUGAGCUAGACGAGGAGCGUCAAAGGCUCAAUGCAAAUGAUGUUGCAAUCUGCAGGGUGGAACAGCUUUGUCCAUUCCCCUAUGAUCUCAUCCAGCGAGAGCUGAAGCGCUAUCCAAAUGCUGAGAUUGUCUGGUGCCAGGAAGAGCCAAUGAACAUGGGUGCUUACACCCAUAUCGCGCCGCGCCUUUGCACUGCCAUGAUGGAAUUAGGUAGGGGAUCCGUAGAAGAUAUCAAAUAUGUUGGUAGAGGUCCAUCUGCUGCCACAGCCACUGGUUUCCUGAAGAUUCACCAAAAUGAACAGGCUAAGAUUCUAAACCUUGCCAUGCAACCAGAACCAAUCAAGUAUCCUUACUAGAGCCAUUCUAAGCCUGUUCAAAACCAUUCCAAUAAAUCUAACAAGGGUAUCUUCUCUUGAUUUUCAGAAGUUUUUAUUCAAAUCAUAUUCUGCUAAAACCAAUGGCAUUUCUUGCUCUAUGUUAAUUUGUUUCAAGAAUCUGAAACUGUUGACGUACAAAUGUAUUGUUCAUUGUAAUUACUCUCGGAAAAUUUCCUCCAUUUUUUCCUGUGCUUGUCCAUGUUUCCAUCUCUUUUCGCUGAUGCUUUCAUCCAUGCUUCCAAAAUAACUGAUGCAAAUGACUGCUAGGUGGUAGGCAGGUUGAUUUGUCAAUCUUGCACAAUUACUUUUGCUUCCACAACUAAAAGGCUAAUAGUCUCUUGCUCUAAAAUGUUUCUUGAACUCGAUACUUAUUUUAGU